AUGAAGACGCCCCUUCCUUUUGGAUGGAAGCCUCUCAACAUCGACCGCUAUGAUGGCACUACUGACCUCGACGAGCAUGUCGAUCUGUACGUCACGCAGGUAAACCUAUACACUAAUGAUGAUGCUAUUCUGGGUAGGGUUUUUUCGAUCUCGCUCAAGGGAUCGGCACUCGCCUGGUAUACUCAAUUGUCGGUGGGAUCGAUCGAUAACUUUGACACUUUGGUGAGACGAUUCACGGUGCAGUACGCAACGAGUCCACCUCAUCACAUCACGUCCACCGCCUUGGCCAGUCUCAGACAGGGCGAAGAUGAACCAUUGAGGGCGUUCAUGGAGCGCUUUGCUAGCAUCUCGAUCAAAAUCCGCAACCUAAACCUCGAGCUCGCCCUUCACGCCAUGCUCAUGAUGGAAGAGCACACCGCUUUUCGCGACCAAGUUCGUGGAAAAUCACAGGCAAAGCCGGACCAUGGCCACAAAGAUAAGGUGAAAGUCACCAAUGAUAGCCAAUUCAAGAAGACUAGAGCAAGCAAAUGGGGGAGGUAUGACUUCUACACCCCCUUGAACGCAACCCGAGUACAUAUCCUUGAGGAAGCCAACAAUACCAAUCUGAUUACCCUACCGCCGCCCGGGUAUAGCCCCAACAGUGUGGACAAGUCCAAGCAUUGCCGAUACCAUAGAAACUAUGGUCACACAACCGAAGAAUGUCGCACACUCAAGGAUCGCAUUGAGGAACUCAUCCAAGGAGGCCACCUCGGACAAUACGUCCAACGAUAG